AUGCCUCACGAGUCCAAGCCCGAAGUCGAGCAUGCCGCGCAGGUCGAGGUGCCGGGAGAUGUUGCGGGCUGGAUUGGCCUGGCCGAGGAUGCUCGAAAUGCGACGGCCGAGGAACAUAGUAUGACGAUCACGAAAGCAGUCAAGAUGUACCCGAAAGCGUGCCUUUGGUCUAUGGUUGUUUCGCUGGUCGUUAUCAUGGACGGUUACGACACUGCGAUAAUGGGGUCAUUCUUCGGCUUGCCCACCUUUCGAAAGCAGUUCGGUGUACCCGUUGGCGAUGGGAAGUAUCAACUUCAAGCCAAGUGGCAAACCGCUCUCGGGCUCGCAAGUCCUCUUGGGAAUAUUGUUGGUAUUUACAUCAACGCGAUUGUCACUGAGCGAUGGGGCCAUAAGAAAGCGGUCCUGGGAAGUCUCCUCUUUCUCACUGGUGUUCUCUUCAUACCAUUUUUUGCCAAGACAGUCGAGAUUCUGUUUGCCGGCCAGCUGCUCUGCGGCAUAGCGUGGGGCGUUUUUACUACUUUGGCGCCUGCCUAUGCCUCCGAGGUUGCUCCUCUCGUCCUUCGUGCCUUUCUCGAGACAUUUGUCGUCCUGUGCUGGGGGAUCGGCCAGUUUGUUUCAUAUGCGCUGAUUUACACUCAAACAUCGCGCACUGAUGAGUGGGGCUGGCGUAUCCCUCUGGCCGUUCAGUGGGCAUGGGUCGCCAUCAUCAUCCCACUCAUUCUCUUUACACCAGAGUCCCCGUGGUGGCUUGUCCGCCAUGGACGUCUUGCCGAGGCCGAGAAGUCGGUCAAGAGACUUUCUUCGCGAUCAGACAACUACGAGACACAUGUCAAACAAGCUGUGGCAUUGAUGGUGGAGACUACGAAUAUUGAGAAAGCCAUGACAGAGGGCGCCUCGUUUAUCGACUGUUUCCGAGGGUCCAAUCUGUGGCGCACAGAGAUUAGUUGCCUCAUCUGGGCUUCCCAGGCAUUGUGCGGGUUUGCUAUCAGUAAUUAUGCCACCUAUUUCUACGAACAGGCAGGUCUACCAACACUCAGCGCCUACAAGAUGACUGUAGGACAAGGCGGCAUCCAUUUUGUGUGCAACCUUCUCUCACUGCUUGUAACCAAACGUUUCGGCCGCCGUGAUAUCGCAUUGACUGGAUAUGCCGGCAUGACCCUCGCCAUGCUCCUCCUGGGUUUCCUCGCCCUUGCUCAUCAAACUACUGGGCUCGGCUACGGUCAGGCAGCCAUGUUCCUGGUGUGGUACUGCACCUACCAACUUACCAUCGGACCUACCGCAUUCAUCGUUGUCGGCGAAAUCUCUUCAACGCGACUGCGCUCCAAGACCAUCUCAUUGGCGCGAAAUGCCUACAACGUAGCCAAUAUUUUCAGCGCGACCGUAGUUCCAUACACCCUCAAUCCAACAGAAGGGAAUAUGAAGGGAAAAGCCGGGUUUCUUGCAGCAGCAUUCUCCCUGCUCUGUCUUCUAUGGGGCUACUUCCGUAUUCCUGAAAGCAAGGAUCGGACCUACGAGGAGUUGGACAUUUUGUUCUCGAAAGAUUUGAAGGCACGCGAGUUCAAGAAUGCAUCCGUGGAUGAUGUGGAUGUUAAUCAAGUUGCUAAGAUGCAAAACUAA